AUGUAUGCCGAGCCGUUCAACUUCCCUCAGUUACCACGAGAAGCGCAGCAAUCCGUUCUCCGUCACCUCGAUUUCCUCUUCAAAGUACAUCUCCGAUCCGUCAGCAAGAUAUUCUUCAAAUGGCCCGCGUGUGCUUUUUACCUUCGAGGCCGGCUGACCCGCAUCACGCUUGAGAUCAGCUCAAAUUGGCGUUAUCUACCAACAGGCACUUCUAUCUACUUCAGGCGAAGGAUCAUCAAUGGAAACUGGGUGGACAAAGUAUCGUUCGUACUGACGUACGAUGAGGAAGAUCAAGUUCGCGGUGAUUUCGUCCUCCGGGCUGCCCAUCACUGCUGGGAUCGGUACGGAUGGACUGAAUGCCGAAACGGCUGCAAAUAUGGCUACGACUGCUCUUUUUGCACACGCUUUCAAUUGUGCCCCUGCUGUGGAAGUCUCGCCUCGCAUCGUUCCUACCCACAAAUGAAAAUCGAGGGGGUGGAUAGUGCCGGACAUGGACGAUUAUUGCAAAAAUUCAACGAUAUCCUGCCGUGUGCGCCGGUGCGGCUGAAGCCGUAUAUGAUGUCUGACUUGGUCCCGAUGAAGUGGCCCCUUACGCACCAAGGUGUCCUGCAUUCGCUUCGACGCGACUACUUUUUUAUCAGCAAACAACUUGAUGAUUAUACCGAACGUGUCCACCGACGUCUAUUGGAACAAUUAGCGCCGAUUUAUGACUUUGGACCCUCUAAGGUAUGGUAUCGGAUGGAUUUGUUCUACGACGAUAGCUCAUCAGCAGUUCACAGGCAUUUGAUGGCGGUUCUAAAGGAGAUGGUGGGCUGUGAGUACUUUGCGAUCGGCCAGGUGGGAGACGACCCAAAGAGAUGGCCCGAUGCCCUGAAGACGGUUCGGAACCUCAUCACCGAAUGUAUUUUCUCGCAUCCACCAGUUGACGAGCGCCGUCGCAUCGCGUUAUUCUACGUCGAAAUGGAGUCGAAAUCUGUCCUUGACCACCGACCUAAGCAGCAACUUCAAAAACUGCUGCUCGAGUUGUGCGAGGAAUUGAAGGCAAGGCCGGCCGAAUCGCGGGAUUGCCGAAUUUUUUGUAUUGAGGGUCGACAAAUCAAUCCAGACCGGCCCGAUCUAAUAAUACUUGGUGUCUACGUGUUUCUGGUCCAGAAUUGGGGAUCGAAUGCUGGGCACGCCGUGGCCGCAUACCGACAACUUAUCGCAAAUUUCCAUAAGGGAGACCACUGGGACCCGAUGAGUGAUCCGCAAGGCGACGAGUGCAGUGUGUUCUUCACCUUGGAUCGCGAUGGCAAAAUCUUUGACAUGGCCGGCAUCGAGGCAAAGGCCCAAAUCGCUUCAUCUCUUGCCGAGCCGCGAAACUGGUGGACCUGCAGGACGUUGCCGACGGGCACGAAGCUCGUAGAACGACAAAGGACCAUCUAUCAACCACAAUUGGCAAAGUCAAUAUCGAUCCGCUGCAACGAUGCUACCGAUUUCCAAUGGAAGACAAGAAAGCGCGCAUUCGAUGUGCUGGCACCCGGCUACUUUGUGCGUGUGAGAAGCGAUCUGGGAAUCGAAGAAGCGGAGUUCAAGAGACAUCUCUGCGAACUACCAUGGACUGCCGUUGAUCCGGGAAAUAGCACGUCACAACCAUUCGCGACGGUGAAUCGGCGAUUCUUGCUCAAGGGGCAGCAGACACCAACUCGCGAAUCACCCGAGGAUGAAUUGGAGGUCCUACGAGAACUACUACCACAUUACAAACAAGAGACCAAGCGGUUUUCCUUCCUGCCAUGCUUCUUAGCAGCCGUUGCGAAUAAGAACCUGCAUAUCCGAUUCAUCGUGACACCGCACCUGGGAUACAAUCUGCCAGCGAACUCCUAUAUCUUUGAUAUCAAACCCGCCGGUCGAAGAAAGAAGGAAACAUCGCAAGUGCAUAGAGAAAAAGACUUUAAAUCGAUCUGUCAAAAGGGGAUAACCCUCUCGCCGGAGGACCGACAACUUGUGGUCUCUACCAUCAAACGGGACGUCGAGUUUCUCGUCCAUCACAACAUCCGUGACUAUUCGAUGCUGAUGCUGGUAGACUUUAGGCGUCAAAGUCGAGAACAAUUGCAACAACAGGAUGGCCACAAGGAAGUUCUCGCCACCAUCAACAAGGUCACCGGCCGCUCAAAAGCUAUCUGCCGUCUGACGCUGAUCGAUAUUCUGCUCAAAGACCCCAAAAAUCCCGCCGACGUGCAACAAUAUGGAGCAGACUUUUACGCUUGUAUGCACACGCAGAUUUUUCCCUCUUUGGAGGACCAACCCGUAGAAGAACUCGAUUUCGCAAUGCAAAAGCUGGUGCUCGCCAAUACAGGAAUCAUGAUCUUCCCAUCGCAAUAUUUGCUACAGCUAUAUUCUAUUCUCUACUAUCAUAUUCUAUCUGACUAUGGCCAUAGUCUGGUUGAGCUGCUUGUCCUCGUACUCCUCGGAAGACAACUAAAAAAACGAUAUCGGCCAAAGUCGCGAAAUAGCCGCUUAGUGAAGUCAAGAAACGGGCUCGAGCCAGGCUCCUCGAGU